CUCAAACUUUACAGUCGAUAGUAGCAUUCAUAGACAAACAAAAAAAGAACCAACCAAAUAAAUAUCGGUAGUGGGAAAGUCUUUAUCGUUAUCAAUAUUACAAUACACACUGUUUACCUUCAAUAUCUGUAGUGAGUUGCUACUGAUAAAGUAUACACAACAUGUAUUACUGAUAAAUAAAUUGAGAAAAUAAUCAGUUUGUGAAUAUAAUGACAUAAAUUUGUUCAGUUGAGUCGGAAUAUUUAUAUAUUUUAUACAUACUUCGCAAAUUAUUAGUUUUUUGGCCAAAAAUAAAAAAGAAUUUUUAAAAAAAUCGACACGCGCUGUGUGGAAAGAAAACUAAUCAAUUAACAUGUGAAGCAUAAAUUACUUAAUUUAUGAUCAACGGCUUCGAAUUUCGCUGACGGCUGUUGAAUAAUUAAUUAAUUAAAAAUAAGGAACUCAGAGUUGUAUCAAAAAAAAUAAAAAAAUAUAUCCAAUAUUUAGUUGAGUGAAAGUUUGUGGAAAAUUCCCAAAACAAUGUGCUGAUUGAAGUGAACAAAAAGCAACGUCCAUAAAUCCAAGGGAUUCUAUAGCUUAAAUUUUACGAAAAGAAAAGAAAAAAAAAUAUUUGUUUCAAGUUCAAACAAACGCACUCGAUAACUCGAUAAUUAAUGUAAUCAACACUUAAUUAAAAUAAUCAGUUUACACAUACAGCACGCCAAGCAAGCUAGCCUCCCAAGCGUCUUUACACUGUAUGAAGAAAUGAGAGGAAUUCUUUUAAUAGAAAAAACAAAUAAAUUAGGAAUUAAUUAUAUUUUAAAAACCAUUAAUUUUUAUUGAAACAUACUUUGCGCUCUUUUUCGUUCUGUGAGGAUUUUUUUUUUGUUUAUACUUUUCUCUUUAAUUAAUUAAUACUGAAUUGAAGAGAGUGAACGAGCGGUUUCAAACUGAGAUAGCACAUAUGGAAAAAUUUAGUUUAAGUAAUGUCUGAAACUGUCACAUUAAUCAUCAUGUUGAGUUUAUUUUAUACAAUUGUUGCGCUUGAGAAUCACGAUUUUGAGCUUGUGAAGCUAGUUAAACGUCAGAAUGAAGAUAUCACUUUACAUUGCAGUCUAUCGGAAAAUCACGAGGAAUUCAACAAAAAUACAUCAGUUAAUUGGUACUACUUAAGGACAUGUAAAUAUUGUGCAUUUAAUUCACUAAAUCCUAGAAAAGAAGAGUGGCAGCAAGUAGAUUGUAAUGGAUCAUGUAAAAUUAGAUUAACAUUAGACAACUCAAAUGCAUCUGAAGGAUUCUACAAGUGCAAAAUAUUUCCAUAUCAUACAAACUAUCGGACGGUGUUACAGAUUGAAAUUACUAAAGUUUUUCAAAUAGAACUAGCUGAAAACUCAAACAAUGGACUUCCAGAGAUUCUCGAUACACAAAAUAAAUUCAAAGUUGUACACAACUCACAGACAGUCCUACAAUGUAAAUGCAGGAGUAAUAAACAGAAGCCUACAAUAAAAUGGUUCAGACAGAAGUCAACUCAGAGCGAUGACAACGAUGAAGAUAGUUCAAUAACUUAUAUUGAGAGUCGACGAGCUAUAAAGUAUUUUGAAAAUUUUUAUCAGCCUAUUACGUCAUCGGGACUGAAAGAACUAGAUGAUCACAUGUAUUUAAGUAAAUUAAUUAUUAAUAAUAUUACAGAAGAUUCAAUUUAUGUUUGUGUAGCUAUAAAUUAUUUUGGAUUUGUAUAUAAAGACUUUUUAAUUAAUAUCGAACGUAUUGAUAUUGAUGAGGAAGAUAGUGACUAUGAAAGUAAUGAUAACAGUAAUAAUUUUGAUAUGAGUCACAAUCAUGACGAUAAAUCCUUUGAACUAUUUCUCAUUCCUUUGUUGCUACUUGUAGUUGUGAUUAUACAAAUAUCAACAAUUAUUUAUUUAAUGAUUUAUCGCAGUAUUAUGAAGGAGACAAAUAAACAUUUUGUGUGAAAUUCUAUUGACAUUUUAUUCCUUAAUUUCCACUUACGUAGAAAGUCAAUAAGGGAUCGUUCACUUAUGACGUCCGAAAAUAACGGUCAUUUUUCAACAGAGAACAAUGGAUUUCCAGGAAUUUCUAUUGCUCUUUUCUUGCUGACCCCCCUCCCCCUGGACGUCAUAAGUGAACGGCCCUUAACUAUAAAGCUAGCAAAUAUAGGGAGGAUUAAAAUAAAUCUUUCGGAUUAAAAUAAAUUCAAUCGAUUUAAUUUUUAU